GAUUUUACGAAAUGAUUUUGUAAGCUUUGUUUCUGUGAUUUAGAAAUGUCGUCGUGGAUAACAGGGUUGGCGGAUAAAGCAGAGAAUAUUUUAAACAAAAUCGACCAGAAUGCUGCUACAGCUUUGCACACGGAAGCUGGUCCAGCGUUAGAUGCUAUGAAGAGCAGUCUCACCAGCAGCACACAAUCUCUAAAAACAACACUCUCUCCAAUUAAGCGUCCCACCAGCAGCAGCAGUACUCCUAUGUCUUUGUCCAUGGUCGGUAAUAGCGCAUCCAGCAGCAAAAGCGAAGGCUCCCAAGUGUUGACCACAGAGCUACGACAAAAUUUACCAACAUCGGCCAGUUUUUCAGUCAAUCCAGAUGACAACGGAAUGGACACAGAUGAGUUGGCGGCUUUCAAGAUAGCUCUUAAUGAGAUCACCAGUGAGCGUGAUGAGCUGCGCCUGCGACUUGAUGGACUCAACCUCGAUAACGAGAAUCUUGGCCUGAAACAGCGAGUACAGGAGCUGGAAAGUCUAACACAAACAUUAUCCGAAGAGCGCGACAAAGCUGUUCAAGAGUUGAGCGAGGCGCAAGCAGCGCAAAUGGCUUAUGUACACUCCAUAUCUGAAUUAGAAACGAAUCUCGCCAAGCUGCAGCAGGAGUAUGUAAGCACAGCGCAUAAGCUGCAAAUGCAAACCAAAGAGACGGAUCAACAGCGCCUUGAGCUACAAGAAUAUCGAGCCAAAGCUCAGCGAGCACUACAGGGCAAAGAUGCCCUUAUCGCUGAGCUCAAACAAAAUCCAGUUACAGAUGGUUGUGAGCUGUCUGCCAAGGACAGCGAAACUCGUUUCUUACAAAUCGAACUUGACGCUCUAAAGCAGGAGUUGCAGCACGCUAGCGAGGAACAGCAGCGACUGCGCUUGCAGCUUGACGACUAUAUGGCAUUAGAGCGUCAGCACGAAUUGGAGCUCGGCGUGGCUCGUCAGCGUGAAAAUGCACUCAACAAAGAGCUUCGUACAGCUCGCGAGCACAGCUUGGCCAUCGAAUCAGAGCAGCGCAUGCUGACUCAAGAGUUGUCAUCCCUGCGUCAACAGAUGAGCAACCAAAUGGCUGCCUCUGCCACUCGACUGCACGAAAUGGAGAAACAAUUACAACAGCAGCGACAGCUCGUUAACGAAGCUGGCUUCAGCAGUGUCAAGAUUGACUACGAGAAUCGUUUAAAAGCCCUCACUCAAUCGUUAGUAGAGCGUCAGAGCCUUCUGGAACGCGUAACAGUCGAGCGCAAUGCUCUGCGUAUGCAGCAUGAGAAUAUGCAGGCGCAGCUGCAACAGCUGCAUUCUGUUGAAAUGGGUCAUCAACGAGGAGGCUCAAGUUCACGCAAUACGCUGCUUUCCAACAGCACAGAUGAUGUCAAGGCACAGUUUCCCCUGCUAAUGCAUCCGAGUCCCUUCGACAAUCGCGUCGCUCGCCGCUUUAAACGCGCUCUGCGACAGGCAGAUUCCGUGGGCAUACGGGUUGGCGCCUUUCUGCGUCGGUAUCCUAUGAUGCGCAUCUGCAUAAUAGUUUACGUUGCGUUGCUGCAUCUUUGGGUUAUGUUUGUGCUGCUUUCCACGACUCCCAAUUGAAUAGACAGAUAGACAACUGUUG